UGUCCGUUGAACGUGUUGCACAAGUUUACACAACACAAUUUAGUAUUACGCGAUAGUUAGUAAGCGUGAGCAUCGAGAAAAAUGUUUUGAUAUAUAAAUUAUUUAUUUAGUGCAUUUUUUUUUGUAAGCACCGAUAAAAGGCAACCAAAAUGUCUUGUGACCCCGACGAAUUGAUGUCAAAACUCGAAAAAUCUGAUGCAGCAACAAUUAAAACCAUCGUGUCCAACCUACCCGACCCGAAUGCCCCAGUUUACUUUGGAGAAACUUUGCUGUACUUAGCGACCAGCAAAGGCAACCUGGACCUCAUCCGCCAUUUAGUCGGCUAUGUUGACCUUAACGCCCAAGGGUUCUCUGGAUCUGCGUUACACGAAUCGAUAGUCAAUGGCCAUCAGGAUAUCACGUCAUUUCUGAUCGAAAAUGGUGCUGACAUAAACCAGGCAUCAAUUUAUCUUGACCAAUAUGGCUUCUCGCCCCUUCACACCGCCAUUUUGUCAUCAAACGAGCCUGCCACCGAACUGUUACUCAAAAUGAACGCUGAUGUCAACGCCAGAGAUUCAAAUAUGAACACUCCCUUACACAUCGCAUCUCAAACCGGAAACUACCACGCAGCAGCUCUGCUUCUGAGUCACGGCGCGUCCAUGGCCGCCAUUAACUCUAAUAACGAGACGCCAUUUUGUGUAGCGAUAGAAACAGGAAGCUUAAAUAUUCUCAAGCUGUUCCUCACUAACGGAAUUCACAAAAAUGACCCCCAGUUUCUUAACAAUGCUCUCGUACGCGCGAUUGACACCAAAAAUGCCUCCGUAGUUCAGUUUAUGAUCGACAAUGGCGCUGAUGUCAAUUUCGUGUCUCCGUAUCAGAAAUUCACGCCCUUACAUUUCGCAGUCAAUGCCAACGAAAUCAAAACCAUUGAAAUUCUGCUACAAUAUUCCGCAAACGUUCUCGCGCGUUCCGAAAGUAAUUCACUACCGAUUUUUUACGCCGGUCACCGAAAAAAUAGUGCGAUGGUCGAUUUGUUAUUAGAUCGUCACUCUGAAAUAGAUCUAGAGCAUGGCAAAGAAUUGAUUUACGAAGCUGUGAUGAAUGAUUGCCCUCUGGUGGUCGAAAAAAUUCUAACCCACCGGAUUUAUAAUUUGAAUAUCGACGACUUAACUGCUAGCGGUGUCAGAUUACUCGACGUGACAGCCACAGGAAAGUUGGACAUUCUCAAGCUGUUCCUCAAUAACGGAAUUCAUAAACAUGACCCACUGCUUCUCAACAAUUCUCUUAAACGCGCGAUCGACUCCAAAAAUGCCUCCGUAGUUCAGUUUAUGAUCGACAAUGGCGCUGAUGUCAAUUUCGUGUCUCCGUAUAAGAAAUUCACGCCCUUACACUUCGCAAUCGAUGCUGAUGAACUCAAAAUCAUUGAAACUCUGCUACGAAAUUCUGCGAACGUUCUCUCGCGUUCCGAAAGUGAUUCGCUACCGAUUUUUUACGCCGAUCAUCAGAAAAAAAGUGCGAUGGUCGAUUUAUUAUUAGAUCGUCAUUCCGAAAUAGAUCUAGAGCAUGGCAAAGAAUUGAUUUACGAAGCUGUGAUGAAUGAUUGCCCUCUGGUGGUCGAGAAACUUCUAACCCACCGACUUUAUAAUUUGAAUGUCGACGAAUUAACUGCCAGUGGUGUCAGAUUACUCGACGCGGCUAUUUUGAACAAAAAAGAAUCUAGUGCCGAUGUGCUGCUCAAGUGUGGCGCUAAUUCUGAGCUUAGAUCUCAAGGAGUCACUAGUAUCGACUUAGCAAUUCGGUGCAAAAAUUACUACUUUUUCUAUAGCUGGUUAAAAUACGGAGGCAAUUUUUAUAAUUAUCACGCAAAUCAGUCGCUUUAUCUCUCACGGCUGGAGAAAAUAAUCGAAAUGAAUGACUCUCAUGAAGACGGUGCGUAUGUAAUGGAGUGGGAGUUGAGGGACCACUUAAUUUUGAUGAAAUCUGCGGGAUAUUUUACCCACAGUCGGUACGACGAAUUAACAGACGGCUACGGCACGCGCGAGAAGGCUUCGAUUGAGUGGGACUGCGAACAAGAACUGGAGAGGGCUAAGAGAACUUUUGUAGGCGGUGUCAGUUGUUGGGAUUUGCUGACAAUGGAAGACAGAAGACUGAUGACCUGGUCCAGAAAACCGGAAGUUAAGACAAUUAUGGAGGAAGGAAAAUUUGAGAUACCCUUCCAUUAUUGCGACCGGUGGUUGAUGAGUUGCUAUAGAAGGGGGGUUAGGAGACCGGGAUUGGUUAAUAAGUUCGGUGAAUGCUUUGGGGAAAUUUUUAGUGACUUGGGAUUCGACGAAGUCGAGAAAGUUCUGAUUUAUUUGACCAAUGAUGACAUUGGAAAUUUAAUUUCCGUUUGCGAAGGCCAGUGAAGAAAUGGUGGGAAUCAAGUGGGAAGUUUUGUUCUUUCUUUGGAAAUUUCCCAAGUAACUUUUGUACCUGAACUGAUACUUAUAAAAUUGUAAUUUAUCCAGAAUUCCGAAAUUUGUAUUCUUUGAACUUUUCUUCGAGAUUUUUAUUAGAGUUGUGUGGAAAAUUAAUUCAUAAUUGCACCGAAACAAUAGCACAAUUUUUGACGAAAAGUAAUGUUUAGGAAAUUUUUUUGUAUGAUCUCAAAUAAAUAUAAAUUUUGCCAAGUACUAGCCAUUUAUUUACAUCCAAUUUUACUCAAAUCCGCUCAAUCGCUUGAAUUUGGUCUGGCAUGAAUCAUUGUAGUUAUGUAUGGUUAGCUAUGAGUCUCGUGUGAAAAUUCUUAUUUCGCCAUCUAUUAUC